AUAAUGAAAAUGAAUUUCUCCACUGUUUUACAGAGAGUCAUUCUCUUGAGCCUUUAAAAGGGCAGGGCCUCUUGAAUGGAUCAUAUAACCAAACAUUCAGAAGUUUUAGACUGUCUCUGUCAUUUAGGGUUAUAGUUCUUUGUUACCUGGGCCUUAAGAAACUUAUUGCCAUCCAGCUCUGUCUGAGUCUCUUUCCUCUGUCAUAGAUUCUUGACAGAUUUUUCUUCCACUCAUCUCAAAAUAUACAUUGUUCUAGAGUGUUCUGUUAGAGAUAUGAAAUACAUCUGAUCCAAUAUAUAUACGUGCACACAUACGUAAAAAUUUAUACUCGUGUUUUUUGUGUAGCUCUAAUUUUGUUUGAAGCAAAGAGAUAUGGAAGCAGAAUGUCCAGUGAGCAGCAUAGAGCCUGAUGAUGGAUCUGCCACUGAGAUGAUAGACAUCAGCCUCAAUGAUUUGCAAUUCAAGCUUGCAGAGUUUGCAAGAGUAAGAGAUUGGGAUCAGUUUCACAGCCCAAGGAAUUUGCUUCUUGCUCUUGUGGGUGAAGUAGGGGAGCUUUCUGAGAUCUUUCAGUGGAAAGGAGAAGUUGAGAGGGGGCUGCCCAACUGGAACAACUCAGAGAAGGAGCACUUGGGUGAGGAGUUGUCUGAUGUGCUGCUAUAUUUGGUGAGGCUGGCAGACAUAUGUGGUGUGGAUCUAGGUGAGGCAGCCUUAAAGAAACUGAAAAAAAAUGAGGUCAAGUUUCCUGUGGAAAGAUGCAAGAUCUCUUCCUAUGUCUAUGCAAAAGCUCUUAAGCAGCAGAAGCUGGUGAAUGCAGACUGACCCACUUAGCCCUACAUGCUAAAUUUACAUAAAUAACUGUCAAAUAGGGCAUGGGCAUGGGCAUGGGUAUGUACUUGUUGUGAACUUGGGAAUUUAAUUUGUGUAUAAAUUACUUGUUUUUCUGUCUUAAGGGUCUGUUUAGUAGCAGAGGAGAAUAAGGGGCAUUUGGGCAAAAACCUUGAAUAGUUUAUGAGAUAAGUUAUUGAUGAACAAUAAAUGUUCCUUACUUUAUUUAAGAUGUUUUACUGAUUCUAUGGAAAUUUUAUCAAAAUAUGGAUGUGCAACAAAAUGGAUCAGAGAUGCCAUUCCUUUUUCUA